CUACCUUCCUUCUCCCAAUCCUCUGUCUGACUCUGAUUCCUCGUCCCCCCCCCCCCAAAUCCUAGACGAACGUACAAGAAAACCAGAAGACAAUCGAGUUUCCCCCCAAAUCCCUCAUUCUUUAUGUCAAUUCAACUAUGAGACUCUUCUCCAUGUGUAUGCCGAAGCGCAGCAAUACCAAGGAGGAGGAGAAGCCCCAGAGCUCGAUCGAAACGACAUCGUCGAAUCAGCCGUCGAGGAAACACUCCGGGAAGUCCGAAUCGUCGCGGAAAGCCUCCCUCGACCUGGCAGCCACCGGCGCCAACAACGACACCACCAACGACUGGAGCUUCAAUUUGAAGGACUCGUGGAAAUCGUCCGCCUCCAGCGUAAAUUCCCUCUCCAGCCUCCGCGAACAACUCCCCGAGACCGCCCACGUCUACGAGUUCUCCGAGAUCCGGGCCGCCACCAACAACUUACUCGCGAAGAAAUUCUCUUCCUCUUCUUCGUCUGCGUCGUGGCGCUGCGCGGUACGCGGGAACGACGUCGUUGUGUUCCAGCGGAAGUUCCGGAGGCAAAUCCACGCCCAGGAGCUCCGCGACCGGCUGUCGCUGAUCUGCAAGAGCCACCACUCGAGUUUGAUCAAGCUCCGCGGCGCCUCCGUCUCCGGAAACUACAUCUACCUCGUCUACGACUAUGUGCACGGCGCCAGCCUCGCCGACUGCAUCCGAAACCCUAAAAACCCCAACUUCACCGUCCUCUCGAACUGGAUGUCCAGGAUCCAGAUCGCGACGGACAUCGCCCACGGCCUCGACUACAUCCACCACAGCACCGGAUCCAACUCCAAUUUCAUCCACAACCACAUCAAGAGCUCGAGCAUCAUCGUGUCCGAGCCUUCUCUAAACGCUAAAAUCUGCCACGUGGGAACGGCCGAGCUUUGCGGGGAGAUACACAGGGAGGAGGAAGAGCAAUCGGGUGGGUAUCGGAGGUAUGAUAGCAGGGUGAUGAAAUUUGAAGGGACGAGGGGGUACAUGGCGCCGGAGUUCCAGGCGAACGGCGUUCCGACGCAGAAGACAGACGUGUAUGCGCUGGGGGUGGUGAUACUGGAGCUGUUGUCGGGGAAGGAGGCGUUGAAGUACGAGGUGGACGAGGAGGGAGGGGGGUACAGGAGGGUGUCGGUGAUCGAGACGGCGAGGGAGGCGGCGGAGGGGGAGGGGAGGGUUAGGUGGUGGGUGGACAAGAGGUUGAAGGAUUCGUACCCGGUGGAGGUGGCGGGGAGGGUGUUGCGGGUCGGGUUGGAAUGCGUGGAGGAGGAUCCGGAGAGGAGACCCGAUAUGACGUGGGUGGCGGGGCGGGUGUCCAAGUUGUAUUUGGAGUCCAAGGAUUGGGCGGAGAAGAUGGGCGUGCCGACGGAUUUUACCGUCACGCUGGUGCCGAGGUGACGCCGUCGUUCGCCGAAAUCUCCCAGUUUUGUUUUUUCCUUUUGCCUUCAGACCGUUGACUUAUUUUUCGACCUUUUGACUGUACAUAAAUACUUGGUAUACCCACAUUCAUGUAAUUUUUGAGGGUUUUUUUUUAAGAAAGUAAAAAGGCAAAAAUAGAGGGAAAAUGUACACUACACAAUGUACACAUGACGGUGUUUGGUUCCUUUUCUUUUUGGACUAAUUGUUUGCUUUUUUUAUAAAA